GUUUUUAAAUCGUUGGAAUAAUAAAAAACUACAGUUACAGCACUUUUGUCAUUUAAAAUUGUAUAUUUUGACUCACUAAAGUUGUCUUCUGUGAAAGAAAUUCCUUGUUUUUGCAAAUUAAAUGAACAAAAUAUGAGGUACACUGUGCGGAAACUCGGUGAUUUGUAGUCUGGUUAAAACGGCGUUUUGUUUUUGCUCAUCGUCCUCGAAAUGUUUUUAUUUGUAGCGAGCAGGAGAUGUGAAGACCUGUCCUGGAAGCUGUGCGCCUCCACUUCAGGUAACUUGAUCCACCGACUCCCAUCAAUUUAACCGAUGAAGACUUCCGGUGGAUUGUCAUGGCGGUGGCAUGGUGAAUCCUGCACAAACACGACCACAGUCGGCCGCUCCGUCCUUCCUGGUCCAACUACAGCUCGGGUUCAUGUGGAAAUAAGGCUGUCGGUUCCGGCUUCGUACUUUGGACCUGCCAGCGGGGCUCUGAGUGUCGGUCCGGCCGGCCAUGGCGGCCCACAAACCAGUGGAAUGGGUCCAGGCCGUGAUUAACAGAUUUGAUGAGCAGCUUCCCAUUAAAGUUGGACAGCAGAACACCCACAGUAAAGUCAGUACAGAACACAACAAGGAGUGUCUGAUCAACAUCUCCAAGUACAAGUUCUCCAUUGUUAUCAGCGGCCUCACCAACAUCCUGAAAAAUGUCAACAACAUGCGGAUUUUUGGAGAAACCUCAGAGAAGAAUCUUUACUUGUCUCAGCUCAUCAUCCUGGACACUCUGGAGAAGUGCUUGGCCGGGCAAUCUAAAGACUGCUUGCGGCUGGAUGAGACAAUGUUGGUGAAACAGUUGCUGCCAGAGAUUUGUCAUUUCAUCCACACAUAUCGUGACGGCCACCAGCACGCUGCUGAGCUGCGAGCCUCGGCCUCAGCUGUCCUCUUCUCUUUGAGCUGCAACAACUUCAAUGCAGUCUUCAGUCGAAUCUCCACCAGGUUGCAGGAGCUAACCGUGUGCUCUGAGGACAAUGUGGAUGUUCAUGAUAUAGAGCUGAUGCAAUAUAUAAACGUAGACUGCUCUAAACUGAAGAGGCUGCUGCAAGAAAUGGUGCCAAAGUUCAGGGCUCUAAAGAAACCUGCUCAGCUUGCUGUCAUCAACAGUUUAGAGAAGGCCUUUUGGAACUGGGUGGAGAAUUACCCAGAUGAAUUCACAAUGCUGUACCAGCGUCCACAGACUGACAUGGCAGAGGCUGCAGAGAAGUUGUUUGACCUGGUGGACAGUUUUGCAGAAAGUGCUAAGAGGAAGGCAGCUGUUUGGCCUCUGCAGAUCAUCCUCCUCAUCCUCUGUCCAGAAAUCACACACACCAUCUCUAGAGACACAGUGGAGGACAGCAAAGCCAACAAGAAACUGUUUCUGGAUAGUCUGAGGAAAGCUUUGGCUGGCCAGGGUGGGAACAAGCAGCUGAUGGAGAGCGCUGCCAUCGCCUGUGUCAAACUUUGUAAAGCUUCUACCUACAUCAACUGGGAAGAUCACUCAACCAUCUUCCUCCUGGUCCAGUCCAUCGUCAUGGAUCUCAAGGCUCUGCUGUUCAACCCAACCAAACCCUUCUUGAGGGGUACAGGCAGUCAGAACGCUGAUGUGGAACUCAUGGUGGACUGCUUCGUUUCGUGUUUUCGUAUUAAUCCUCACAACAACCAGCAGUUUAAGAUUUGUUUGGCCUCCUCCUCCCCUUCUACCUUCCACUUUGUCCUGGUCAACUCCCUGCAUAGAAUAAUUACUAAUUCCCAUUUGGACUGGUGGCCUAAGAUCGAUGCAGUGUACUGUUACUCUGGAGAGCUGCGCUUCAUGUUCUCAGACACUCUGAACAGAGUUAUUCAGAGCUCUGGCACUCACGCUCCACUACGCAUGACACCGAGUCUGACGUUCAUUGGGAAGAGGACCACCAGUCUGAAGUUCAAGGAGAAAGCUACAGAGCUGGACACACGAAGUUUUAAGUGCCUCCUCCUGGCUCUGGUCAAACUUAUCCAUGCAGACCCUAAACUCAUGCUCCAUAAUCCAGUGAAGCAGGCUCCAGACAUGCAGAGCAGCACAGCAGAACUCAUCACGGGUCUGGUCCAGCUGGUUCCCCUCAGCACCACUCCUCAGCUCUCACAGGAGGCCAUGGAGGCGCUGUUAGUUCUGCAUCAGCCUGAGAAUAUAGAGCUGUGGAACCCUCACGCCCCCAUCGAGACGUUUUGGGACAUCAGUUCCCAGGUGCUUUUCCUCAUCUGCCGUAAACUGAUUGGCCAGCAAACAGUUAAUGGCACCGACGUUCUGAAGUGGCUGAGGGAGAUCCUCAUCUGCAGGAACAAGUUUCUGCUGAAGAACAAGGAGUGUGCGACAAUGGGUUGUGGCAUUCCCAUCUGUCGGCAGGCCCAAACCAAGCUGGAGGUGUGUCUCUACAUGUUUCUGUGGAGCCCUGACACCGAGGCCGUGCUGGUGGCCAUGUCUUGUUUUCGCCAUCUCUGCGAGGAGGCAGACAUCCGCAGUGCAGCAGAUGAAGUUCCCGUUCAGACAAUUCUGCCAAACUAUGCUACGUUUAACGAAGUGGCCUCUGUCAGCACCAUGAUGGGAACAGGUCGAUCUACCUUACAGAAACGAGUAAUGGCUUUGUUAAGAAGAAUCGAACAUCCAACACCAGGAAACAUUGAGGCCUGGGAGGACACGUAUUCUAAAUGGGACCAGACCACCAAACAAAUACUCAACUUCCCAAAAAGCAAGGCAGAUGAUGUCCAGCAGGAAUGGAUCAACAUGACAGGCUUCCUGUGCGCUCUGGGUGGAGUGUGUCUUCAGCAGCGUAACACCCCUGGUCCCAUCACCUACAGCCCACCUAUGGGUCCCCUUAAUGAGCGUAAACCUUCCAUGAUCUCUGUGGGGCCCAGCGACAUGUCCACCACCAUGGCCUCCUCCUGCUCUCCAUCGGCUUCCAGUGAGACCCCUGUCAGCCGCUUCCUGGACCGGCUGCUGGCGCUGCUCGUGUGUGGUCACGACCGGGUCGGCCACACCGUUCGGAACAACGUAAAGGACCUGCUGGGUCUGGAACUCAGCCCUGCCCUCUACCCCAUGCUUUUCAACAAACUGAAAAACAGCAUCGGCAAGUUCUUCGACACUCAGGGCCCGGUUCCCAUCAAUGACACUAACACCCAGUUUGUGGACCAGACCAUAGCCAUCAUGAAGAACCUUUUAGAUAACCACACAGAAGGCAGCUCUGAACAUCUGGGUCAGGCCAGCAUCGAGACCAUGAUGCUCAACCUGGUCAGGUAUGUGCGUAUCCUGGGUACUUUAAUCCCUGAGAUCCAGAUCAAAACCAAAUUGUGCCAGCUGGUUGAAGUAAUGAUGGAGAGACGAGACGACCUGUCCUUCUGCCAGGAGAUGAAGUUCAGGAACAAGAUGGUGGAGUACCUGACUGACUGGGUGAUGGGAACCUCCAACCAAGUUACCGAUGAUGAUAUCAAGUGCUUGUUAAGAGACCUGGACCAGGCCAGUAUGGAAGCUGUGGUGUCCCUGUUGGCUGGUCUACCCUUGCAGCCAGAGGAGGGUGAUGGAGUAGAACUGAUGGAGGCCAAGUCUCAGCUUUUUCUUAAGUACUUCACCCUGUUCAUGAACCUGCUAAAUGACUGCAGUGAGGUUGAGGACGAGGGUCAGCCGGUGGGAGGACGGAAGAGAGGAAUGUCUCGACGCCUGGCGUCCCUCCGUCACUGCACCAUCCAGGCCAUGUCCAACCUGCUCAAUGCUAAUGUGGACAGCGGCCUCAUGCAUUCUAUUGGCCUGGGGUAUCACAAGGACCUUCAGACCCGAGCCACCUUCAUGGAGGUGUUGACUAAGAUCCUGCAGCAGGGGACAGAGUUUGACACGCUGGCUGAGACGGUGCUGGCUGACCGCUUCGAGAGGCUAGUGGAGCUCGUUACGAUGAUGGGGGACCAGGGGGAGCUGCCCAUCGCCAUGGCCCUGGCCAACGUGGUUCCUGGGUCUCAGUGGGAUGAGUUGGCCCGGGUUCUAGUGACUCUGUUUGACUCGCGUCACCUGCUGUACCAGCUGCUGUGGAACAUGUUCUCUAAAGAGGUGGAGCUGGCUGACUCUAUGCAGACUCUGUUCAGAGGGAACAGCCUGGCCAGUAAGAUAAUGACCUUCUGUUUUAAGGUUUAUGGAGCAGCGUAUCUGCAGAAGCUACUAGAACCCCUACUGAGGGGGGUCAUCUCAACUCCUGAGCACAUCAGUUUUGAGGUGGACCCCACCAGGCUGGAACAAGGUGAAAACCUGGAGGAGAACCAGAGGAACUUGCUGCAGAUCACUGAGCGCUUCUUCCACGCCAUUAUUGGUUCAUCCAGCGAGUUUCCACCACAGCUUCGCAGUGUCUGCCACUGUCUCUAUCAGGCUACUUGCCAUUCUCUACUGAAUAAAGCUACAGUAAAAGAAAAAAGGGAAAACAAAAAAGCAGUGGUGAGUCAGCGGUUCCCACAGAACAGCAUUGGUGCUGUGGGGAGUGCCAUGUUCCUACGCUUUGUUAACCCAGCCAUUGUGUCUCCUUACGAGGCCGGCAUCCUGGAAAAGAAGCCCCUUCCCAGAAUAGAGCGUGGCCUCAAACUCAUGUCCAAGAUUCUGCAGAGUAUUGCCAACCACGUCCUGUUUACAAAGGAAGAACAUAUGAGGCCUUUUAAUGACUUUGUUAAGAGCAACUUUGAUGCAGCCAGGAGGUUUUUCUUGGACAUAGCGUCCGACUCUCCACCCAGUGACUCGGUCAACCACAGCUUGUCCUUCAUCAGUGAUGGGAAUGUGUUGGCCCUCCACCGCCUGCUGUGGAACAACCAGGAACGGAUCGGACAGUACCUGUCCAGUAACAGAGACCACAAGGCAGUGGGCAGACGACCCUUUGACAAGAUGGCCACGCUCCUGGCCUACCUCGGUCCACCAGAACACAAGCCUGUUGCCGACACACACUGGUCCAGUCUCAACCUGACAAGCUCCAAGUUUGAAGAGUUCAUGACCAGGCACCAGGUCCAUGAAAAGGAGGAGUUUAAAGCCUUAAAGACACUCAACAUUUUCUACCAAGCAGGAACCUCCAAGUCUGGAAACCCAGUCUUUUACUAUGUAGCUCGCAGGUUCAAAACAGGCCAGCUUAAUGGUGACCUUCUCAUCUACCAUGUUCUCCUCACCCUCAAACCCUACUAUGCCAAGCCCUAUGAGAUCGUUGUUGACCUAACUCAUGUUGGACCCAGCAAUCGCUUUAAGACUGACUUCCUGUCCAAGUGGUUUGUGGUGUUUCCUGGCUUUGCUUAUGAGAAUGUGGCAGCAGUUUAUGUCUACAACUGCAACACAUGGGUGAGGGAGUACACAAAGUAUCACGAGAGGCUGCUGACGGGACUGAAAGGCAGCAAACGGCUGCAGUUUAUUGACUCUCCCUCUAAACUGGCUGAGCACAUUGAACCUGACCAACAAAAACUCCCUGCAGCCACUUUGGCUCUGGAAGAAGACCUUAAAGUGUUUCACAACGCCCUGAAGCUGGCCCACAAAGAUACCAAGGUUUCAAUAAAGGUGGGCUCCACAGCAGUUCAGGUGACCUCAGCCGAGCGGACACGUGUUCUUGGCCAACCGGUCUUUCUGAAUGAUGUGUACUACGCCUCAGAGAUUGAGGAGAUUUGUCUGGUGGAUGAAAGUCAGUUCACCCUCACCAUGGCCAAUCAGGGCACUCCUCUCACCUUCAUGCACCAGGAGUGUGACGCUAUUGUCCAGUCCAUCAUUCAUAUCAGAACACGCUGGGAGUUAUCUCAGCCCGACUCCAUCCCACAGCACACCAAAAUCCGUCCCAAAGAUGUCCCAGGGACCCUCCUGAACAUCGCCCUGCUCAACCUGGGGAGUUCUGACCCCAGCCUCAGGUCUGCAGCUUACAACCUGCUGUGUGCUCUGACGUGCACUUUUAACCUGAAGAUUGAGGGCCAACUGCUGGAGACCUCAGGUCUCUGCAUCCCAGCCAACAACACCCUUUUCAUCGUCUCCAUCAGCAAAACUCUGGCAGCCAAUGAGCCGCACCUGACUCUGGAGUUCCUGGAGGAGUGUAUAUCUGGCUUCAGCAAGUCCAGUAUUGAACUGAAGCAUCUCUGCCUGGAGUACAUGACACCCUGGCUGCUGAACCUGGUCCGCUUCUGUAAACACAAUGAUGAUGCCAAGCGCCAGCGUGUCACCGCCAUCUUAGACAAACUCAUUACCAUGACCAUAAACGAGAAGCAAAUGUAUCCUUCCAUCCAGGCCAAGAUCUGGGGCAGCCUGGGCCAGAUCACAGACCUGCUAGAUGUGGUUUUGGACAGCUUUAUUAAAACCAGCGCUACAGGAGGACUAGGCUCCAUCAAAGCUGAGGUCAUGGCCGAUACUGCAGUGGCUCUGGCUUCAGGAAACGUCAAACUGGUCUCCAACAAGGUAACACAGUCUGAACUGUUACAUGGGGGACCGUCCCACCUUCAAAACACCAGCUGCUUACUGCUCGAUGCUCAUAUUUACAAUAAAAUACAGAUGCUCGAUAUUGAGUUGUUGUAGAUAUUCAAUAUGCCAAUAUUGUUCAACACUUAAUUUCUGAUUCCGAUAUUAACCAAUAUCACAAACCAAUAUUAAGGUGACAUCUAAUAAUCUACCUAAUUUCCCUCUGGGAUCAAUAAAGUAUUUUUGAAUUGAA